AUGGAGAAGCGGGGCGCGCCGCCGGCCGCCCCCCCGCGGGGCCCGGUGCUGCACAUCGUGGUGGUGGGCUUCCACCACAAGAAGGGCUGCCAGGUUGAAUUUUCCUAUCCUCCCCUAAAGCCUGGAGAAGGACAUGACAGCCACAGUUUACCAGAGGAAUGGAAAUACUUGCCAUUUCUCGCCUUACCAGAUGGGGCUCACAACUAUCAGGAAGAUACCGUGUUUUUCCAUUUGCCACCAAGAUGUGGGGAUCGAACCACAGUAUAUGGCGUCUCUUGCUAUAGGCAGAUUGAAGCGAAGGCAUUAAAAGUACGGCAAGCAGACAUCACCCGAGAAACAGUACAGAAAAGUGUCUGUGUUCUCAGUCAGCUGCCUUUGUAUGGGUUACUUCAGGCAAAGCUGCAACUCAUUACACAUGCAUAUUUUGAAGAAAAAGACUUCUCGCAAAUUUCAAUUCUAAAGGAACUUUAUGAUCAUAUGAAUAGUUCCUUGGGCAGUACUUUGCUAGAAGGUUCACAAGUUUAUCUUGGUCUGUCUCCUCGGGAUCUUGUUCUUCACUUUAGACACAAGGUCUUGAUCCUUUUUAAAUUGAUUCUUCUAGAGAAAAAGGUGCUGUUUUAUAUUUCUCCAGUGAAUAGAUUGGUGGGAGCUCUGAUGACUGUCCUGUCACUCUUUCCUGGUAUGAUUGAACAUGGUCUUACUGACUGCUCACAGUAUAGACCGAGAAAGAGCAUAUCAGAGGAUGCUGGCUUGCAGGAAGAUACACCACGGUUAGAUGACUAUGUUUCUGUGUCUGCUGCUGAUACUUCAAAUGCAAACCUAGGAAUGGGAAAGGGAAGCAGGAAGGUGGCAGGAAACCAUUCACUGGAAGGUCAAAAAGCAAACGUGCCUUUCUCCCAGUCAGAGAAGACUUGCAAUGGAGCUCGGUCCUCCAAUGGUACUGUGCAGCGCUUGAAAGUUCCUUCCCGCACUUCUCCAGCAUCCUCUGAAAGUGACUGGGAGACCUUAGAUCCUAGCGUUUUGGAGGAGUCUAAUUUGAAGGAAGGAGAACGUGAAAAUACAGCAUCAGAACAGGCUGAAAAUCUUCCAAGCAAAGGCAUGAGCUCAGAAAGCCUUCCAAUCACUGUGCAGCCCCAAGCAAAUACAGGACACGCGGUGCUUGUUCCAGGACUGAUAUCUGGGUUGGAAGAGGACCAGUAUGGUAUGCCAUUGGCUAUUUUUACAAAGGGGUACCUUUGUUUGCCAUACAUGGCACUGCAGCAGCAUCAUCUCCUGUCAGAUGUAACAGUCCGUGGCUUUGUUGCGGGAGCCACCAAUAUCCUGUUCCGUCAGCAGAAACAUCUGAGUGAUGCAAUUGUGGAAAUAGAAGAUGCUCAUGUACAAAUCCACGAUCCAGAACUCCGUAAGAUCCUGAACCCAACAACUGCUGACCUAAGAUUUGCAGAUUACUUGGUGAAGCAUGUAACUGAGAACAGAGACGAUGUUUUCCUUGAUGGCACUGGAUGGGAAGGAGGAGAUGAGUGGAUCAGGGCUCAGUUCAGUGCUUAUCUUCAUGCACUGCUUGCUGCUGUGCUGCAACCAGACAAUGAAAAGACUUUGUCAGACUUCGGAACGGCAUUUGUAGCAGCCUGGAAAAAUACCCACAACUACAGAGUAUGGAAUAGCAACAAACAUCCAGCUCUUGCAGAGGUAAAUUCUAGCCACCCAUUCCAGGGACAGUACUCUGUAUCAGAUGUUAAGUUAAGAUUGUCACACUCUGUGCAAAACAGUGAACGUGGAAAGAAGAUUGGAAAUGUGAUGGUUUCUACUAGCCGAAAUGUUGUACAAACGGGAAAAGCUGUAGGUCAAUCUGUUGGAGGAGCCUUCACAAGUGCAAAAUCAGCUAUGUCAUCGUGGUUUUCCACUUUCACGCAGUCAACCCAAAGCCUCGGGGACUAAAUGAUGGUUUUGCACAAUGCUGCUGAAUAUUUCAGGUGCAAUGCUUUCUCUGAGCUGUAAAAAGACCACUCCAAAACAUAGGAGUGGAGAUUAACUACCCAGGACCAAAACAAGGUAUAUGUUGCUUGCAAGCAGCUGUGGAAUGUUAUCAUUCAGUUUCACUAGAAGUAUAGAAGAAUGGUGAGUGUCUCCAUACAAAGGGAUGGCAUUUGCAGUAUAUUGGUUAUAUUUAAAAUGACUACUUUUCUUUAAAACUGAGCCUUUAUAAAGACAUUAGCAAACAGGGCUUGUUGCAAGCCAAACGUGUUUGACUUUAGAUUUGUACAUUUUCUUGGAUGUUGAAAAUAUUUAUGUAAACUAGUUAUAUUUUUCAAUCCAAAUAGCCAAAUGUUUGUGAAUUCUUGUUAGAAAUAAGCAGAGUAUAAAUACUGAUUCCUCUUUCAGGUUGGAUUUGAGAGCAUCUCUGCAAAAAGUGUAUGGUGGAAACCCUUAAAGGGUUCCAAGCCAGGUGGAACUUUCUCACUUUCACCUGCAAACUAAAAUUGGCAGGGUGCAGAGUAAGACUGUGGCUAACUUAAGGGUUUUUUUUCCUUUCUCCUCUGUAGCCAUGUACAGUUGUUUGCAUUAGUCUGUCUCUAGCUCUCUUUGUGUCCCCAAAUCUGUGUGACAGUUGCAAAAUCAGUAUUUUCUUGAUGUUAUGCAGUAGGCCUUCGUAACUUUGCAUAUGUUUUGGCUGUGUUUUUACCCUGGGACAUGAACGGGAUUCCAGUUGGAGAGAUCUCUUCAGGAAAAGUAUUACAAAACAAUUCUCCCAAAUUGGGAUUGGAUCAUAGACAGUUUUGUGAGGUCUUGCUCGAUUAGGAUGUAAUUACACUAUCAAUGUAGUUACAUACAUAUGAAUACAAAGUACUAAAACCACCUAAAACUAGCACAGUAGCAAACCUGUGUGGCUGCUUUUUUUUUUUUUUUUGCCAGUAAAGUUACAAAGAUUCUUCCAAAUGAAAAUCAGCUAUAUCGAUUUUCUGUGUCGACUCAGGGAAUGUUCUGUUUGGAUAACUACUUUUUUCAUAAGGAAAGUAACACUAGAAUUGAGAGAGUAACUGAAAUGGCUCAGUUCGUAUCAUUGUGUGAAGAAAUAUAAUAGUUUAUAUGAAAAGAUGAGGCAUAAUGCUGUAUUUCAUAUGUAACAUGCAUGCAGUGUCUUCUGUAUGCAAGCGUAUUCCACUUCCUACAUUUCCUGAUUCUGAGAGAGAUUAUUUCCUUUUUCUUGCAAUGUGUGUGCCUCUAUAUGCCUUCUAACAUCCCCACAUGAUAGCUGUUAACAUUUGCUACAUUACAUUAUCAAAUGUUCCAACUUUCUGUAGUAAAAGGCUCUUAGUUUAUUGCCUCAUGCGUAUCUGUCAGCAUUUUGCCAUGUUCUUAACCAUGACUUGAAAUCUUGGCCCUGGCAAUUUCUUCUAUUCCUCAAAUAAAAUACAGCAGCUGUACAAGAGAUAAACAAGAAGGCUUGAAUGUACUUUGUUUUAAGAAAUUAAGUUCUAAUUUCUUUAGGGGCAUUUGAAAAGCCACACUUGUAUCAUGUAGUUACUGUCCAACAACUUAGUUUUCAGUUCUACUGCUUCGAACAGCGAUUUGAAAACACAGGAUCUGGUUUAAAGCCUUCAUUAACUUUUUUUCCAGGACAAACUAGAUAGAAUGGCCGUGGAAAACCUGAGACUAUACAGCUAGUUUGAGUAGUUUCAUUUGAGAAGGGCAAAAAAGGCCCUUAAAGCUCUACUAAUCUACUGCUUCUGACUUACAAGUAAAAUGUAUCUAUAGAACUGCAACUAUUGCUCCUGAUCUCUGCGUGUAUUUGUGUAUCUCCUAAAACUUCUGAUGCUCUUUUCUGUUUUAUUCCACAACUCUGUAAUAGACAUUUAUAUCUUUUCAAAGACUAAGUAAUAUUUGAUAUGCAAGAAGAGCUCUGGUGCAAUAAGACUAGGGCUGCAUUUAUUCAUGAUGAGUCUAGAGCUUUCUGAUUCGGCACGCAGAUAAGAAAAUAAUGGAAAAUAAUCACUUGCUUUUGUGAAAUGGCUAACAUAUUAUCUGCUGCUGUCCAGGAUUUAAGUGGUCAGGCUUCAUGUUGUAGUGAAGACUGAAUAAAGGUGCAUAAAAUAUUUAAGCACCUAUAAAACUAACUUCAGCAGCUUAAGGCACACUAGGUAAAUUUAGGCUUAGGAGCUCACGAUGGUGAGUUCUAGGAGCCAGGCAACUGGUUGGUAUUUGCACGUACAAGGUAUAGAAACAGGACCUUCAAGGAUCCUUUUUCAAUGUCCUUGUCUUUGUCACCUCCUCAUCUGAGUUUCUUCUGUAGAAUUCUCCUAUGCCCCAAAUUUGUACAGCUGAUUUGUUAGCGCUCUGCAUUCCCCUUACUCCCAGACUCCCUUGCUGGCCCAGGGAUAUUAGAAAGCUGACUUCCCCCCCACCCCGGUAGAUUGAUCUGAGGAAAGGCAGAGUGAGGUGCCCUCCGCAGUGCUAAGCGGAUGCACGGCUGCUUGCUGCUUUGGACAGGGACUCUGUUAUGAUACUUCACAGUAUUUCUCUUAUGGGCAAGAAGAGCAGACAGAUCUUUCUCUGCAGUCUUUUUCCCACUGUCCCAGCUGUGUCUGCUGUGGAGCCAAACAUACAACCUGCUUAAGAGUAUUUUCCUUUCUUUACAAAUGAUAGAAUAAGAAACUUGUAUUCAUUUUCAAUCUUUUUAAGAACUGGCAUCCUGCUAGCAAGUUGGACUGUGAUUUAAACUCAUACAGUGAUUAAGACUCAUGCAGCGAGUGGAGGUGAAGUGAUCUUCAUAAUAUGUGGUCUUCAUUAACAUGUAUGUUUCCUCUUUGACAUUUGCUUAAACUUACUUUUGGGCUGUAGGAAGGCAUGCAGCCACUGAGGUUCAUCUAAGCUCAUGUAGUCCUCUUCUUAAUUUAAUGGUUGUAACCUCCUCAGUUAAAUCCAAUGCAAAUGCAAGUUAUUUUCCUCCCCUCUGUUUUAAAACCUCCAAUGCGAGCAUUAUUACUUAUUCAAAAAGAUUUAGGCAGUCGCCUUCCAUUUCAAAGACCCUGACAUCCAUUUCUGCACUGUAAGAAACACUGAGUCCUAAAUGAAUUGGUGAUAGUGCCUCUAAUGAGUCAACUGUGAAGCUAUUGUUACAGCUCUGUCAUGAUGUAUGUUGCAAAGGUAUUUCUGGCUGUCAGUGUGCAGCAUGAUCUGACUUACAGGUAAUACAACAACGCACCUCUCAACUUUCUGGCAUCAAAGGCAUCAACCUCUGCUUUUUGUAUGUGCCAGCAUUUGAGGAACUACAUAUUGGGCAUAGAUAUGAGAUACAAGUCCCAGAAACCCCACAAGACUAAGUAUUGUUGACCUAAUAUUUCAUUUGACUAAAAUGUUCAGUAUUUUUCAUCAAUCAUUUUCAUGUCAUAACCUUAAUUCCUGUGCACAUCUGACACCAGUUUCCUCAAAUACCACAAUGUAAUUAUCAUUUUUAGAUCAAUGUUCCAGUACAUUGCACUUGUUUGACCUUGUACAUGUUUUAAGCACCUUUGUAAUUAAAUUUAGUAUUUUGCCUAAACAAGCUUCUGAUUUCCAUAGAAAUUAUUACUAAGCAGAGAAACUAAUGUGGCAGUAUUUAAUUGUAAAAGUGAAGGCAUGAAUGCAGUUUUUAAACAUAGAAACUGUUGCUUGAUAAUUGAACAUAGAAGUAAUGUAUUUGAUUUUUCUUGUGCUGCUUGAAAAAUAAAUACAUCCAGCCCGUUCAAAGUUCUGUCUGUUCAAAAAGCUGUAUUAUUUUAAGAAAUAAAUCCCACCAGAAGACACUUGCAGGCGUCUGGUUUUGAUAUUGGUAGCUGCUUGUAAUACACGGGCAUUCUUUUUGAAAUUUGUCUUCCAUUUAAACUGAUUGUGGAUGUUGCUUUUUGCAAAUUUAGGACAAGAGGAUCCGCUAGUGUGACUUUUUAUUCCCUGUUGGGUACUGCUCAUUGUGAAUUUAUUAAAGUCUUUGGUAGGUCACAGACCUCUCUUACAUCAGUAAGAACUUUAGGUACGACUGUAAAUUUUUGACGUAGAUUUAGCUUCAAAAUAGUACGUAGUUCAUGUGGAUUGUGACAUCUAGUCAAAAUCAGGAUGCUGAGUAAAUUAAUUGCUGCACAUCCAGUUCUCUGCCAUAAUGAGCUAUUUUAAAACUUUAAAACUUGUACUGUAACUGUCACUGUACCUAGUUGAGAAUGAUUUGGUAAAUUGCUGUUUCCAGUGGGAAGAAACUAACUGCCUUGAAUAACAUUCAGAUGUGAAUUAGAUGAAGCUUAUGUCUAGAACACGGUUGCAAUUCUCUAAAAUUUGUUAAAAUUUUUCCGACCGUAUGCAAGUAGUUGUGCAAACACACUGAAAGAUAAAUUUACAUCAUGUUGUUUAUGCAGUAUAAUUUUACUUUCUUGCAGAUACUUAGUUUUCUUUAAAAAGGGCAACAUGGAGCGUAUUCAUUAAAGGCAGAAACACUACAUUAUUGUACUAUGAUUAAAG